AUGCAUAGUCUCAACUGCAAUGCUGUGGUCGGUUACACGGAAGAGUGUUGCUUGUACGAAGACGUCUGCAUUCUAUCGAGUUAUGGCACUGCAGUCCACCUCAAUCCCAAUUGGGCUCAUUCUCCACGUCCUUGUUCUGUGGCCAACUUGCUAGAAAGGAGGGCUGCUGCCUCCACUACAACCUCAACGGAUGCAGGGCGUUUGGUAGAGGAUAUAAAAAAUGUUGUGCUGCCUUCUGAUGAGCUUGGUAAAUUGUAA